AUGUCAAUGAAAACCAUUAUAAGUAAGAGGGCUUAUAGCGAAGCUUGCAAAGCGAAGUUUUACCCUUUGAAAGAAAGCUAUGGCACGUUAAGGCAUAUUCAUUUCCCUGGUAUCACACUGUUUGAGAAGGGCCAAAAAAUUCAAGAUGCCAUAGUUAAUGCAAACUUGGACUUCAAGAAGAUGGAAAGCAGAAUUACUAAACAGAUGAAGGUAGCAGAGUCACAAAUGCUACAGCUUAACGAUUAUGAGCAGGGUUUAUUGAAGAAAAUCUUUGAUAUGAAACCAUUGCCAACUCUAUUAACAUUUGAAUUCGAAGACGUAUACACUGGAGGCAGAAAGGAAAAACAAGAUCCCGACUUACCCAAAAAAAUCAAAGAAUAUGAAGCCAUGGGUUGCAAAUACCAUCAGUUGAAAAGAGGAGGGAAAACAACGUGGCAUGGACAUGGACAAUUAACUGCAUAUACUAUUCUUGACUUGAAGCAAUUUAAAAGUUUAACCGUGAAGUGCUUUGUUGAUUCGAUCUUACUUCAAGCGAUUCAGAAUGUCCUCAAGAAAUAUUAUGGCUUAAACAGUUUUCGAAAUGAAAAUCCAGGCGUCUGGAUGGCUCCAAAUGAUCAAAAAAUUGCCUCUGUUGGCUGUAACAUACAAAGAGCAAUCACAUCGUACGGCAUAAGUCUCAAUGUCAAUCCGGACUUGAAAUUCUUGAAUAAGUUUGUCAUGUGUGGUCUUGCGGGUACUUCUGCAACUUCAAUUGCAAAACUAAGACCUGAUUUGACCCCCACAGUGCAAGAGGUGGGUCAUCAAUAUGCCAUCGAAGUUGCAAAGCUCCUUCACAUCAACAAUGUGCAACAUAUGGAUGGCGAAGGUAUCGAAAUAUAG